AUGGAGGGCAACAAAGAUGAAGCAGCCCGGUGUGUUGAACUUGCGAAGCAAGCCAUGCUUGCAGGGGACUUUGCAAAGGCGCAGCGGCUGCUGGGCAAGGCGCGCCGCAUGUUUCCUUUGGCGGAGAUAGAGCCUCUUGCUGCUGCGUGUCUGCACAAGCUGAACCCUUCAGCAGCAGCAGCAGCAGCAGGAACUGCUGCUCCGACAGCAGCGAGCUCGAGAGGGGCCUCGGAGCCCGCUGCUGCAGCCAGCAGCAGCAGCAACAGCAGCAGCAGCAACAGCAGCAGCAAGGGGCAGCGGCGGGGGUCUCGGCAGCAUGUGCCUCAUUCCUCUGAGGGUCCGCAGCGCAGCACAGCAGCAGCAGCAGCAGCAGGAGCAGCAGGAACAGGCCCCACGCUGCGCCGCGGCCGCAGCGGCGCUGCUGCAGCGCCAGCAGCAGCAGCAGCAGCAGCACAUACACCUGAACAAGCCAAACUCUGCGAAAUCAUUUUAGAAGAAAAAUGUUUUUAUAAAGUCCUGGGGGUUCCGUCGGAUGCAUCUGAAGAAGCAAUUAAGAAGGCCUACAGAAAGUUGGCGCUGAUGCUGCAUCCCGACAAGAACAAGGCCCCGAAGGCGGAAGACGCAUUCAAGAAGGUCAGUAGGGUUUCUGCUGCUCUCCUAGACCCGCAGCAAAGAAGGGCUUAUGACUUGGGGGGCCCCCAGGCCGUCGACGGGGCCCCCCAGCAGUACCCUCAAAGGGGGGGGGGGGCCCCGGAUAUCGUCACUGCAGAGGAUUUGUUUCGAGUUUUGUUUGGCCAAAGCGUGAGGGACUUCCAAAGAUCUCCCAACGGGCGCGGCCGCAGGGGCCCUCAGUAUCCGGAGAGCAAUCUUCAUACAUUUAUUCAGUUCCUGCCGAUGCUGCUGCUCUUCUUGCUGAUGUUUCUUUUCAACUUUGUGCCCCAAGAAGGAUCAUCUCCACCAGCUUAUUACUCUUUUCGCCAAAGCAAAGACUUUCCAGUUCCUCGAACUACUCAACUCCAUUCUGUUCGCUAUUAUGUCGGAGACAGUUUUAUUCAGGAGAUUUUGCCGCAGCCAGACAAAGUUAGGGAGCUAGAGAGGAAAGUGGAAGUUCGCCACUACCAGGGUGUAUGUACAUCUGAGAACGACCGACUCAACAGAGACCUCACCACCGCCCACUACCACAUGGCUUCCAACGAAUCCAUUCGCCGGCUGCUGGACCGCCCGCGCCCGGGCUGUAAGAAGCUGGAGCUGCUGCAGCGGGCUGGGGCAGCAGGGGCCCCCGACAGCCAAGGGCCCUAA